ACUCUGAAACCUAAAAAAUCUAUUUAAGCAACCCACAGGCGCUCUUCUUCGUACACUUUUUUUGCUACGAGGAUAUGUCGCGUCGCGCAUGAAUUAAUUAUUAAUCAAAAGAAAAUUAACAGUGCUUGUGCAGUGCAAGUGUGAUUUAAAAUUUUAGGGUAAAAAAAUCACACCAAACAAAUUAAAUUCACCCACACAGUCAAGCAGAUGCAUACGUGUGCACUUGAUACGCACACAAACAUACACACACACACACACGCGCGUACGCAACAGAGAGUUGUAGUUGUAGUAGAAAGUGCAGCAGGCGCGGUCCAUAAUACAUACGUAUAUAUAAGUAAUUCGGACGUGUAAAUAAACCGGGUCGCCCAUAAUUUAGGGGCGGUACUACGCCCUCCGCCGGAAUCGAAAUCGGAGUAGCGGCAAACGUGUUCAAUUUCCGAAUCUCCCUCCGCUCUUUCUAUCCCUCUCCUUCUCUCGGUGCGUGCAAGCGUGUGUGUUAGUUAGUGAGCGGUCCGUGUGUGUGUCUGUUUUUGUUGGUCACUUUAAUUCGCCACAUACACACGCUCUCAAAAAAAAGACUCGCGUUAAUCCUGCAUCGUUUUUGUUGCUGUUUAAUCCCUACAUCCUGCAGCUUCCAGAGAUUUUCCCUUUCGUCUAAUAAUAACGAAGGUCUUAAUUUUUUUUGCAAAAGCGGAGGGAACUGAUAGCGUAAUAUUGAAAGUGGUCCGGGAAUGAGUUUUCCGAGGCGAUACUGGACCUGGAAAUCGUCUCCAUGGACUGAGAGGAUACGGCAAUAGGCACUCUAAACCGGAGUCAAAGGUCAAACCGAAGGGCUAGCAUGAGCGAGAGUGCAAGGCAGACACAUAGACAGACAGCUAGAGAGAGGGAGACGAGACGAGAGGAGCUCCCAUAUGUGCCAACAACUACAACAACAACAACAACAAGAAAUACAGAAAAAUUAAUAACAUUUCACGCUUGAGGGAGCGAUAAAAGUCUGAUAACGAUUGAUAAACAAAUAACCAACCAGCAACGUUUAAAACACAAGGCACAACCCACAUCAACAUAUCGUUAACAAAUAUAAAACAGGGUACUAACAUGAUCGCCCCGCACUAAUCCAAGAUUUUGGUUCCACAUCAUCAAAAUACAAUCCCAAUUCGCCAAAAUCCGCAGACUAUAGCCUCCUAGACACCAACGAUAGUUAACAGAGAUUAUAAAAUAAUCAUGACUUUCUCGACCUUCACACGCAAAAUGCGCGGGCGCAUGCGCUCCAAUACCUGCCGAAUCGUCCUGCUCACCUCGCUGGUCUGGGUAAUCUUCGACUUCGUCCUCAUCGCCCGCUACUCGGAUUGCAUCGGCAAGGAUGGAUGGCGAUGCAAGCGAUCCGGGGAGUACGACGUGGAGUUACCCAAUGCCGAACGCCUGGUGGAUGACAACCAGUUGGUAGACGAUAAUGAGAUCAAUACGGAAAAAUCCCUGGACGGAGAUUCGGGAUCGGCUCUCAUCAUGGGCCAGGGCUUUGCGCCGGGUGGCAUUUCCAUGACCUAUCCGAGCGUGGUGCUAAAGAAAUGGUUCCUGGCACCAUCCGUCCAGGAGGCCAAGGGCAAACCGGGCGAGAUGGGCAAGCCGGUGAAAAUACCCGCCGACAUGAAGGAUCUCAUGAAGGAGAAGUUCAAGGAGAACCAGUUUAAUCUGUUGGCCAGUGACAUGAUCUCGCUGAAUCGCUCGCUGACCGAUGUGCGGCAUGAGGGUUGCCGCCGCAAGCAUUAUGCCUCUAAGCUGCCCACCACUUCCAUUGUGAUAGUUUUCCAUAACGAAGCCUGGACGACCCUGCUGCGAACGGUGUGGAGUGUUAUUAAUCGCUCGCCGCGUGCCCUGCUCAAGGAAAUCAUCCUGGUGGACGAUGCCAGCGAAAGGGACUUCCUGGGCAAACAGUUGGAGGAGUAUGUGGCCAAGCUGCCGGUGAAGACCUUUGUGCUUCGGACAGAGAAACGUUCCGGAUUGAUACGGGCCCGUCUUUUGGGAGCCGAGCAUGUGAGUGGUGAGGUAAUCACCUUCCUGGAUGCCCAUUGUGAGUGCACAGAGGGUUGGCUGGAGCCGCUGCUGGCGCGGAUUGUGCAGAAUCGUCGAACGGUUGUGUGUCCCAUCAUUGAUGUGAUUUCCGAUGAGUCGUUCGAGUACAUUACGGCCUCGGAUUCCACGUGGGGUGGUUUCAACUGGAAGCUCAACUUCAGAUGGUACCGAGUGCCCUCGCGAGAAAUGUCGCGCAGGAAUAACGAUAGAACUGCUCCAUUGCGUACUCCAACAAUGGCCGGUGGCCUGUUCUCCAUCGAUAAGGAUUACUUCUACGAGAUUGGUUCCUAUGACGAGGGCAUGGACAUCUGGGGCGGCGAGAAUCUGGAAAUGUCGUUCCGUGUGUGGAUGUGCGGAGGGGUGCUCGAGAUCGCGCCCUGCUCCCGUGUGGGUCACGUGUUUCGCAAAUCUACGCCGUACACCUUCCCCGGCGGCACCACGGAGAUUGUCAAUCACAAUAAUGCCCGUCUGGUCGAGGUUUGGCUGGACGACUGGAAAGAGUUCUACUACAGUUUUUAUCCAGGAGCUCGCAAGGCUUCGGCUGGCGAUGUCAGUGAUCGCAAAGCUCUGCGUGAUCGCCUCAAGUGCAAGAGUUUCCGCUGGUAUUUGGAGAACGUUUAUCCCGAAAGCUUAAUGCCUCUGGAUUAUUACUAUCUUGGAGAGAUUCGCAAUGCGGAAACGGAAACCUGCCUGGACACGAUGGGCAGGAAGUACAACGAGAAGGUGGGCAUCAGCUAUUGCCAUGGCUUGGGCGGCAACCAGGUGUUUGCCUACACCAAGCGCCAGCAGAUCAUGUCCGACGAUCUGUGCCUGGACGCAUCCAGCUCCAAUGGCCCCGUGAAUAUGGUGCGAUGCCACAACAUGGGCGGCAAUCAGGAGUGGGUCUACGAUGCAGAGGAAAAGUGGAUCCGUCACACGAAUACGGGUCAGUGCUUACAGCGGGCGACGCGGGACGAUGCCAACACGCCGCUGCUGCGUCCCUGCAGCUACGGAAAGGGCCAACAGUGGCUGAUGGAGUCCAAGUUCAAGUGGCAGGCUCACUAGCUGGAUGUCACUGGGACAACCGACGACUACAACUAAACUCAACGGAUCCUACUAACUAUACUGAGAACUUCCAAUUUAUGUUUAAUCCUUGCUGGCUCUUGUUUUCUGACGAUUAUGUAUGCUAAGUUCUUACGCAUCUAAGUUCUCUCUAUGCAAAUAUCAAAUAUCUAUCUCUCUGUGUGCGUGAAUGUGUUUGCGGCCGGAUGAUGUGAAUUAUUCCGGCGGCAGGAUGUCUUCCCAAAAUCUUGAUGCGCGUGUGUGAGUGCGUGAGAGUCAGUACUAAAAUUUAGAUUUAUCCGUUUACAUGAUAUGCAUGUAUAUUGUGUUUAUAUAGGCAGGCAGUUCUACGAUUUAUCUAGGUAUAUAUGUAAUUGUAAUGUAAAUUUACAUUAGCUUCGACCAAGUACCAAUAAAUUGGCAUUUAACUGACGUUUUGUGCUUCGCAGAAUAUCAUUUAAAGAGUACAUAAAUUGAACCCAAGCAAAUGCAGGCCAAGCAAUUGCCACAAGUGUGUCAUAGCAAAACAUAAUAUAAUAAUAAACAAUACUACAAUGAUGCAGAAGGUUCUAAUCUCUCUUUCUGCUCAACGGAAAAGCCCCAAGCACACGACAUUCCUAGCUAGAAUUGUAGUUGAGGAAAUCAAAACGGUUCGCUCUUUUUUUUGUAUUUAAACUUUAAGUCACUUCAUGGGUUGUUCCUUCUGCGCACCUAUCCCACUUUAGGCUAUAAAAUGAUCAGAGAAUCUGUUGCUUUGUACCAAAAUAACGCGCUCUUCAUAUCACAAAUGGAAACUACACGAAAAUGCUUCUAAACCAUAAUCAUUAUACAAUGGAAAAAAUAUAAAAAAAAAUCUCUAAAAAUUGCACGCAUAUCAUAAAUACAGUGUAAAAAUAUUUAUAAACUACAUUCAGAAGAGAAAUAAACAAAAACAAUGUAAAUACGAUUAAUGUAGCUAUUAAAAUUAUACAUUUAAAUAAAAUAUUUAUGUAGUACCUAUAUGAUAUACACAUAUAUGCAAAGCAAGCAAAACUGUACUAUAAAUUGCAUUUAGUUCUAGGUUUAACGUUAAGUUCUAAAUUAAAUUUAGAUUUAGUCAAAGUUUUGCAUAACAUCAACAAUAGCUCUCGACUAAAUAUUGCUCAAAAUCGAAGAACUCACUCUCUCAGCUAUUGUGUAAAUAUUUCGAAAAGUAUUCCAAUCAAAAGAAUGAAGGAAGCGGAAGCAUAACCUGACUACGAACGAAAUUCCACAGACCCCUGACAGCAGCAAACUGAUAAGACAGAGACGACACAGGCCAAGUAAAACUUUUUAGCUAAAUUUAUUUUUAAAAACGAUGAUAACGAGAACCCAUAGUUAUAGAGAAACGAUAUACAUAUGGAAAAAAAUAGCAACUAUUUUUAACUGGUGACGGUGCAAUUUUUAAUUAACAUUUAUAAAAUAGCAAAAACAGGAAAACGAAUCCAAUCAAACAACAAACACAGGCAGGCCAACUCCUUUUCCCCGAAAACAAUCCUAUAACAAGUGUUUAUGUAUGUUUUGUAACUGCUAUGUAUGGCCUAUACAAUACAACAUUAUAGCUGCCCAUACGUUUUAAAUUGUUGAUUUAUAUAUUUAGCUAAAUAUAGGUUUCCCAUUUCUCAAUUGUAAAAUCUCUCAAAUCACAAAUCGAAGGAAUAAUAGAAUGAUAACACUAUACUGAAUGUAAGCCAACAUUUUUUUAAUGAAUUUUUCAUUUAACUAUAAUUUUUGUUUGUUUAGAGACUUUUUAAAUUUUAUAAAUAAAAAAGAUGACAAAAUUAUAAGAAAAUCUAUAACAA